AGCAAUGAAACGACACUUUUGGUAGCUAGCUUUAGACACAUUAAAAUGGGUUUUGCUCUCUAGAAUUGAGAAAAGCUUAAUCAUGUACCAGCUAUUUGCUCUGUAUAUCAAAGCGAAAGUGGGUUUCUUGGUUAGAUUUGUUUCUUCAUAGAUAGCACAUGAUGAUCACGGAUUCAAUUCUCUUACUGGGGUCCUUCUUCAACUUGGAAGCAUAAAAAAUAUAUGUUGGUCUUCAAACAAGAGAUUAUAGAGAGAGAGAAUUUCAUGGGAGAGGGAUUUGUUUCUCCAGUAGAAUGAAUCUUGAUGCCAAUAUUUUGAAGUAUUAAAGAAAUAGAUGAAAAAGGGGCUGUCUGAUUUUGAGUAUUAUUUUAUUGAUAAGAGUCUGUUGGCAAUGUCUCAGUGGCCUUAAUUUGCAGUUGACUCUAUCUAUUCUUUGAAGCUCACUUCCCAUUGGUGGUGAUACCAAAGAAGAAGAAGAGAAAGAAAUAAACUCUUCAAAAUCCUUAAUAUUAAUCUCUCUCUCUCUCUCUAAAUCUCUGCAAGAUUGUUUCUGUCUUAGUUUCCCGUGAAACCAUAUCCAGAAAUUGCCCUUUUUGAUAAAUCUGGUCGUCACUGUACCAGUGAGCUAGUUUUUUCUCUGUUCUUGGCGGUUCCUCCUUGUUCGGAGGUUAUGUUUUUGGUCAAUAUAUAUAGCUCCCAUUAGUGUUGGCUCUGUCUGAAGAACAAAAGAUUUAAACUUCCUAUGCAAAGAUGAAGUUCAUGAAGCUAGGGUCAAAGACAGAUUUGUUCCAAAUAGAAGGGGACAAUGUCAGGUAUGUAGCAACUGAACUCGCGAGCGACAUUGCUAUUAAUGUCGGCGAUACAAAGUUCUAUCUUCAUAAGUUUCCACUUCUCUCAAAGAGUGCCCGGUUACAGAAAUUGGUUUCAAACGAUAAUAUCGAUAUUCACGACAUUCCUGGUGGUCAUACAUCAUUUGAAAUAUGUGCCAAGUUCUGCUAUGGCAUGACAGUUACCCUCAAUGCUCAUAAUGUCAUAGCAGCUCGUUGUGCAGCUGAAUAUUUAGAAAUGUACGAAACAGUUGAUAAAGGGAAUCUGGUUUUUAAAAUCGACGUUUUCCUAUCUAGCAUCUUCCGGAGCUGGAAGGAUUCGAUUAUUGUUCUGCAGACAACCGUUUCUCUACUACCAUGGUCUGAAGAUCUAAAAUUAGUUGACCUCUGUUCUGAUGCUAUAGCUUCCAAAGCUUCUGUUGAUGUUUCUAAAGUAGAUUGGUCAUACACUUAUAAUAGGAAAAAGCUCGCUGAUGAAGAUCCUAACCAUAUGAGAAGCCGAAUGGUUCCUAAGGAUUGGUGGGUGGAGGAUUUAUGCGAUCUUCAUCUCGAUUUGUUCAAACGGGUGAUCUCUAACAUAAAAAAUAAAGGGAUUGUAGGUGGUGAAAUUAUCGGUGAAUCUUUGAAGGCCUAUGCUUCGAGAAAUGAUAUUCAAAAAUCUAUAGAAGCGUUAGAAGCCAUUGUCGGGCUCUUGCCUGCAGAGAAAGGAUAUGUUUCUUGUAAGUUCUUAUUCAAAUUGUUGAAGGCCGCCAUUUCUGUGGAGUGUGGAGAAAGGGUGAAAGCAGAGCUUGUUAGAAGAAUAGGUCAUCAAUUGGAGGAAGCUUCUUUAAGUGAUCUUAUGAUAAGAACUCCUGAUGGAAAUGGUGUUAUGUAUGAUGUUCAUAUCGUGCGUAGAAUUCUCCAAGAGUUUAUGAUGCAAGAUCAGAUCUCGGAAUGUGAAGAUGAAAUCCAGGAGAUUAGAAGGUCUGGAAUUUUAACCGAAGCAUCAAAGCUAAUGGUGGCAAAGCUAAUUGAUAGUUACUUAACUGAAAUUGCUAAGGAUCCGAAUUUACCUGUUUCAACUUUCAUUGAUCUUGCUGAGAUGGUCUCCGGUUUCUCAAGGCCUGGUCACGAUGGAAUUUACCGCGCAAUUGACAUGUACAUCAAGGAUCAUCCUGGUAUUAGCAAGAGCGAAAGGAAGAAGAUAUGCAGGCUGAUGGACUGUAAGAAACUGUCGGUUGAAGCUUGCAUGCAUGCUGUUCAAAACGAGAGACUUCCUUUACGCGUGGUCGUGCAGGUCCUGUUUUUUGAGCAAGUGAGGGCGGCUGCAACAUCAGGAAGCAGCACCCCUGAUUUACCAAAGAGCUUACAUGAUCUAAAUGCAGGUGGUGGGAGCCAUGGAAGCUCAAGGUCCACAACGAUGAACACAGACGAAGACUGGGAUGCUGUGGCCACUGUAGAGGAGCUCAAGGCAUUGAAGGCUGAAGUGGCUGCACUAAGACUUGUGAAUGGGAGAAGUGAUUUAGUAAAACACAGUUCAGAAAAGUCUGUCACUAACAAGAUGAAAGGUCUGAUGAUUUCCAAAAGGAUAUUUUCUAGGAUUUGGUCUAACAAGGGAGGAGGAAUUGGAGAGAAUAGCGGCUCUGAUUCGUCAGAGAGUCAUGGUUCUGGAAAUGCAGACGAAACUAAAUCCACGCCUUCGAGGAACUGGAGGCAUUCGGUCUCUUAAUGUGUGAACUAAUAUGUAUUCUUAAUUAGAUUUGAUUUUGUGUAUUAGUUCUUCCUUUUCAAUACUAUCUUGGGGUUUGCUUAUAGUGAAUCUCUCUGCACCACCAUUACUGGACCUUAAAUUGAUAAACCAAUGCGGGAUAUUGGUUUAGUUAAGAUAAAAAAAAAAAUCAGCCUAACUAGGGCCACUGAUUUGUUCCGAGUAAAAAUAAUGUAACAGUUCUUUGUUCUAUUUAGUAUGUUAUAGGAAGUUCCAGAUAUAGCUGAUUUUAUAUGCCAAAUGUAAUCUAAAAUGACCAUCCUAGAACACAGGGUGUUGAUUUCAAUCAUUUUUACUUCUAAUUAAUGUUCUAUUUAUGUUAA